AUGCCAGGAAAUCUACAAUCCUCAGUUGCCUCACCAACUGAUCCAGAUGAUACAAGCUAUUCCACAGACCAAAGCCUGCGCGGAUCUACUUCCAAGCUUUAUACUUGGAAUAUUCUGGAAGGUAGUGAAAGACUUAAACCCCAUGUUGAUACUUCAUGGAUAAUUAACGACAUGGGGGUUGGACACGAUCUAAUAGAUUUUAGAGGUUGUGUUGUACAAGAGGACGGAGGACUGACAGAGCCAUAUGAGAAACUCGUGACGCGGAUGCAAGGAUUGCAAAAAUGGAAUGACCCAGCCCAAGUCCUCACAAGAGCGCUUUCAUACAAUCAUUAUAUCAAGAUCUUUCUCACAAUAGCCUAUGAUAGCACCUUUUACAGGGCUCUUAACAGAAUCUCCGAGCGUCCAAGCACUCUUGCUGGCCUUCAAUCCCCUUUAUCAUGA